AUGACAAAUCCGGACCUUUUUGGGCAGCCGGGGGGCCAGCAGCCACCACCGAACCCCAUGAUGGGAAUGAUGGGCAACAUGAUGGGAAUGAAUCCUAUGAUGAUGAAUGCCAUGAACCAAGGUGGCAAAGGCGGCCCUCCCCCCCCGCCCCCCGGAGCGCCGGGGGAUGCCGGAAAGGGCGGUCCAGUAGAGCAGAAGCCGCUUCCUGGGCUGAAGCCGGGCGAUUGGCUUUGUCCUGCCUGCGGUCAGAACUGCUUCGCUUCGAAGUUCCAGUGCCCUAGGUGUGGCAGGAACAAGAGAGGCGAGGAGACUGAUGUUUACGUGUCAGAGCACGGCCGAAUUCACCCAGACAUCCAGGAACUUUGCGACGAGUUCUACAUUGAGACGCGCCACAUCGAAAAGCUGAACCAGCUGAUGAAAGACAGACAUGACACCUGGGUUGAGGAUCUGAAGAAGCUGCGAGAGAUCAUGGAAGAGGCCCGUUCUCCAUGCGGCAUGCUCGUCGUCAAAAUGAAAGAGAUGGAGGAUGGCACCUUCGUGGCAAUCAACCGCGACAAGAGGAUGCAGCAUCUCAAAGAGAAGUUCAAGCUCGACCGUAUCGCAGAAACGCGCUUGUCCGACAUCUUAGCCCGAUGCUCCGAUGAGAAGAAGGAUGAAUAUUAUCACGACUUGGAGAGGCAUUUUGAAUGCUCCGGCAAGCCUUCUGCCACGGCAAUGCUCCUGAUGAAGAAGCUUGCGAACGGCGAGCCCUUGGGACCGCCCGGGCGCCCGGGCCCUGGGAGUUGGCUCGACCGCCAAAAGAACGGCGACCGCAACGAUCGUGGCGGUGGUGGUGGUGGCGGCGGUGGUGGCAUCCAGAAUGCAUUCGAAGCGACCGCGGAGGUGACCGGGGUGGCGAUCGGGGAGGCGACCGUGGUGGCGAUCGUGACGCUGUAA